AUGGACGGAAAAAGACACCCAAGUUCAUUUCAGCAGCUCGAGAAGCUCGGGGAAGGCACCUACGCUACAGUCUUCAAAGGUCGGAAUAGACAGACCGGUGAGCUCGUUGCUCUUAAAGAAAUUCAUCUCGACUCCGAGGAAGGAACGCCCUCGACUGCAAUCCGGGAAAUAUCUCUCAUGAAGGAAUUAAAGCACGAAAACAUAGUUGCCCUCCAUGAUGUCAUACACACAGAGAACAAGCUCAUGCUGGUUUUCGAAUUUCUGGACGGCGACCUGAAGAAGUACAUGGACACUCACGGGGACCGGGGCGCCCUCAAACCCCAGCAGAUCAAGUCUUUCAUGUACCAGCUCCUCAGGGGAAUUGACUUCUGUCAUCAGAACAGGGUGUUACACCGCGACCUAAAACCUCAGAACCUUCUUAUUAACAGCAAAGGUCAACUGAAACUGGGUGACUUCGGCCUAGCUCGUGCUUUCGGCAUCCCGGUGAACACCUUUUCCAAUGAAGUCGUCACUUUGUGGUAUCGUGCGCCCGACGUUCUUCUUGGCAGCAGGACCUAUAAUACAAGCAUCGACAUCUGGUCGGCUGGCUGUAUCAUGGCCGAGAUGUACACCGGGAGGCCGUUAUUUCCAGGAACGGCCAAUGAGGACCAGCUUACUCGGAUAUUUCGCAUCAUGGGAACCCCUACUGAGAGGACAUGGCCGGGCAUCACGCAACUGCCCGAGUACAAGCCGACCUUCAGCUUGUAUGCCACGCAGGAUCUACGCCAGAUCCUUCCGCAGAUCGAUCCCACGGGUAUUGACUUGCUUCAACGCAUGCUGCAGCUGCGUCCCGAACUUCGUAUAAGUGCCCACGAAGCGCUGAAGCACCCCUGGUUUAACGAUAUCAUCGUGCAUCAACACCAGCAGCAGCAGGCUUUGCAGGCGCAAGCGAGAGCGUACUCUUCGACGCAGGGCUCUUAUGAGGGCUACUAG